AUGGUUGAAGAAACAAAAAAAGCUGAAGAGACAAAAAAAUCAUCACCAACCUCUACAAAAAAAUCAGUAUUGGAUAAAGUACCAUGUAAGUUGCAAUCACCUUUUCUUAAAUCAAAUGUUCCUUUUUCACCUUCAUCAACUACUUCAUCAACUACUUCACCUACAACUUCACCCACAACUUCAUCUACAACUUCGCCAUCUUCAUCUUCAUCAUCGUCGUCAUCACCGUCAUCAUCUAAUUCCUCCAAUUCCGCUUUGCCUGGUAUGGAGAGAGGUGGUGGUGGAUUUGUAUUUGGAGGAAGAAAAAUUGUUAAAAUUAUGAUGGAUGUUAAAGAUGAUAAUAAUGAUAACAGUGAAAAAGUUGACGAUGAGAAAAAAAAUGAUAAAGAAAAUGAUUCGCCAAAAAUAAAAGCCUUAGAACAUGUAACAAAAGAUAGACCGAAAAGACCUGGCAAAGCAAGACAACAAAUUAAACCAAUUACAACUGCAACAACUACUGCUACUAUAAAAGAUGAAUCUAUAAAGAAGAACGAGGAUGAUAAUAAAGAAAUUGAAAUCGAGAAUGAAAAAUCCGUAAAGAAGGAAGAGGAUAAUAGCGAUAAUUCUAAAGAUAAAGAAAAUGAUGAUUAUGCGAAGGUGGAAGAUGAUUCUAAUGAUCAUAAUACGAAAGAAAUUGAAGGUAAAGAUGAGGAUGAAGAAGAUCAUGCAAAGAUGGAGAAUGAUUAUACAGCAAAUGACGUUGAAAACAAAAAAGAAGAAUCUGCAAAGGAGCAGAGUUAUGAGAAUAAAUCAAAGGGGAUUAAAGAUUAUUCCAAAGAAAUUGCCAAUAUUACUACUAGUAGUACAGAAUCAAUUGAUAAAUUGAAAUCUGAAGAUGAUGAUUUAAAAGUUACUGAAGAUAACAAAGGGAAUACUAAAGAGAACACUGUAUAA